CUCCUCUGGGCUCGAGAAACAACCGUUAUUAUCGCGCUUUUGUAAAUCGUAUCAUGGCCUUUCAAUGAAUCAAACAUAUAUUCAACUUUUUCUACCCCAACGAGACAGAGAAUCAAAUUAUCCAGAUCGGCCGGGUCCGCUGCUGAGUUUUGGGGACCUCAUACCCUGCUAUGACCGUUCAGGCCAGUGAUUUUGAAAAACGCAUCGAAGCUCGAAACGAAGAAUGGAACGAUAGCAUGCUGUUGAAGAUGGCUUGGGCUGAUCUCAUGAUAAGCUAUCCUACCAAUAGCUUCGUGGCUGAUGUCGACCUCGAGUGUCUGACCGCACUAGAAGGAAGGAUGUUCGAGGAUUCCGAAGAAGCAGGACCUGCAGGCAACCAGCAGUGGGGUUUGGAUGCUGGCCAACAUCACAGGCGAUGGAAAUUGUAUCUCGGAAUUCCUGAUGAAUGGGUUUCUGCAAGAGAUUAUAGCGAGAGUGAACUUGAAGUGAGGAAGACAUUACCUGCUCCGUUCGAUAGAUAUCUAACUUAUGUGAUUGACAGCGCGGCCCCUUAUUCAGUGAUAACUCUGAUGCUACAUCUUUGGAGUCUGCAGACGAGCUAUCCGAAGCUGUAGUUCCUUGUCUGCCGGCCGAAGAAUGUCCGCCCGUUAAACGUCGAUGUGCUCCACAGGCUCGAAGGGUCCAGAGAGGGAGGAAAAGAAAAUAGUCAUUGGCUUAUGUAUACCUAGUUGUACAUGGCUCUGAGGCAAAUAAAAUAACAAAAGAGUGGUCGUGAACUCAUCC